GCGAGCCGCGGCGGCAGCAGGCAGCCCGGGAGCUCCGGCGGCGGCCGAGCCAGCGGCGGCCCGGCUCCCUGCCCCCUGCAAACUUUGCGAGCAGCCCGCCAGGGGGGCCGGGGGCGCGCCAGGAAGGCCUGGCUUGGACCGCGGCCGUGUUCUUGGCCGCCGCAGCGCCCGCCGCCACCGCCGCAGCCCUGCGCCUCCCCGGGGAGCAGCCGGCGGCUCCCGCGGACCCCCAGCCCCGGCCCUUGGGCAUUGCCCGAAGAGUCUCUCGGCAGGCGUGGGGGUGGUAGCGGCGAGGCGGGCCACGGGCUGCCUGGGGCCGGACGAAGCUGCCAGGGAGGCGCACAGAGGCGCAAAGAGCGCUCCCCGGCGGGUCCCCAACGCACUCGCCGCGCCCGGGCAGCGGCCCGGCCGGGCGAGCAUGGGCGGCGCGGAGUGACGCCGCCGUGCCCGCUUGGCAUCAAGGACAUUCAGCCCGCGGGGGUGGGGACGAAAGGGGGCAGCCCCGCGUCGCCACUGCAGCCCCCGAGAGCCGCCGCCGCUGCUUGGGCUCCGGGCUGGGUUGAGGAAAGGGGUGCCUGGAAUCGAUCCACAUUUCCGACCUUUUUGUUGGACAUUACGCCCACCUUGGACACUGCAAGAGGAGCUGUCAAUCCCCGCGGGCUCUGAUUUGGCUCCCUUCGUUUUCCUCUGCUGCUCCCGGCUUCCCUGUGUCUCGGUGGAGUAUUUGCGUUCGGGGCUGGGGCUGGAGGAGGCAGCCACACGCGCGCACACGCACACGUUCAGAGGAGGGCGAGAGGCAGCGGCACAGGCACCAUCUGCAGUGUCAAUGCGGCGCUCCCGCUAAAGGAGGGAAACGCGGCGAUUUCAGGGGAGACUGCCCUGUUGAAUCCUGGCCCUCCAAGGGGACAGCAGCUGCGUCCGAGUGCGACUGUACUGGGAGGACCCACCUUUGAAAUGAAAGCCAUGCCUUGGAACUGGACUUGCUUGCUCUCCCACCUGCUCAUGGUGGGGAUGGGCUCCUCCACUCUGCUCUCCCGACAGCCACCCUCACUGUCCCAGAAGCGGUCUUUUGUCACAUUCCGAGGGGAGCCCACUGAGGGCUUCAAUCACCUGGUGGUGGAUGAGAGGACAGGGCACAUUUACUUGGGGGCUGUCAACCGGAUUUACAAGCUCUCCAGUGACCUGAAGGUCCUGGUGACCCACCAGACAGGGCCAGAUGAUGACAACCCCAAGUGCUACCCACCCCGCAUUGUUCAGACCUGCAAUGAGCCCCUGACCAGCACCAACAAUGUGAAUAAGAUGCUCCUCAUCGACUACAAAGAGAACAGGCUGAUUGCAUGUGGGAGCCUGUACCAGGGCAUCUGCAAGCUCUUGAGGCUGGAAGAUCUCUUCAAGUUGGGGGAGCCCUUUCACAAGAAGGAGCACUACUUGUCAGGGGUUAAUGAGAGUGGCUCCGUUUUUGGGGUGAUCGUCUCCUACAGUAACCUGGAUGACAAACUCUUUAUUGCCACAGCAGUGGAUGGAAAGCCUGAGUAUUUUCCUACCAUCUCUAGCCGGAAGUUGACCAAAAACUCUGAAGCAGAUGGCAUGUUUGCUUACGUCUUCCAUGAUGAGUUUGUGGCCUCAAUGAUUAAGAUCCCUUCAGACACCUUCACAGUCAUCCCUGACUUUGAUAUCUACUAUGUCUAUGGCUUCAGCAGUGGCAACUUUGUCUACUUUUUGACCCUGCAACCUGAGAUGGUGUCUCCCCCAGGCUCUACAACAAAGGAGCAGGUUUAUACAUCCAAGCUUGUAAGACUUUGCAAAGAGGACACGGCCUUCAACUCUUAUGUGGAGGUGCCCAUUGGUUGUGAGCGCAGUGGGGUGGAAUACCGCUUGCUGCAGGCUGCCUACCUAUCCAAAGCUGGUGCUGUGCUUGGCCGGACCCUGGGUGUCCAUCCAGAGGAUGAUCUUCUCUACACGGUCUUCUCAAAGGGCCAGAAGCGGAAAAUGAAGUCUCUGGAUGAGUCAGCCCUAUGUAUCUUCAUUUUAAAGCAGAUCAAUGACCGCAUUAAGGAGCGGUUACAGUCUUGCUACCGGGGUGAGGGCACGCUGGACCUAGCCUGGCUCAAGGUGAAGGACAUCCCCUGCAGCAGUGCGCUCUUAACCAUUGAUGAUAAUUUCUGUGGCCUGGAUAUGAAUGCCCCCCUGGGAGUGUCUGAGAUGGUGCGUGGCAUUCCAGUCUUCACAGAGGACAGGGACCGCAUGACUUCUGUUAUCGCCUAUGUCUACAAGAAUCACUCUCUGGCCUUCGUGGGCACCAAGAGCGGCAAGUUAAAGAAGAUCCGGGUGGAUGGGCCCAGGGGCAAUGCUCUCCAAUAUGAGACUGUGCAGGUGGUAGAUCCUGGUCCAGUCCUUCGGGAUAUGGCGUUCUCCAAGGAUCAUGAGCAACUCUACAUUAUGUCGGAAAGGCAGCUCACCAGAGUUCCUGUGGAGUCCUGCAGUCAGUACCGGAGCUGCAGUGAGUGCCUUGGCUCUGGCGAUCCCCACUGUGGCUGGUGUGUGCUACACAAUACGUGUACCCGGAAGGAGCGUUGUGAGAGGUCCAAGGAGUCCCGCAGGUUUGCCUCAGAGAUGAAGCAGUGUGUCCGGCUGACAGUUCAUCCCAACAACAUCUCCGUCUCUCAGUACAAUGUGCUGCUGGUCCUGGAGACAUACAACGUCCCAGAGCUGUCAGCGGGUGUCAACUGUACCUUUGAGGACUUGUCAGAGAUGGAUGGGCUGGUGGUAGGCAAUCAGAUCCACUGCUACUCUCCAGCCGCCAAGGAGGUACCCCGGAUCAUCACGGAAAAUGGGGACCACCAUGUUGUACAGCUGCAACUCAAGUCCAAAGAGACGGGGAUGACCUUUGCCAGCACCAGCUUCAUCUUCUACAACUGCAGCGUCCAUAAUUCGUGCCUGUCCUGUGUGGAGAGCCCAUACCGCUGCCACUGGUGUAAAUACCGGCAUGUCUGCACCCAUGACCCCAAGACGUGCUCCUUCCAGGAGGGCCGCGUGAAGCUACCCGCGGACUGCCCCCAGCUGCUGCGUGUGGACAAGAUCCUGGUGCCUGUAGAGGUGAUCAAGCCCAUCACACUGAAGGCCAAGAACCUCCCCCAGCCACAGUCAGGGCAGCGUGGCUACGAGUGCAUCCUGAACAUCCAGGGCAGUGAGCAGCGGGUGCCUGCCCUGCGCUUCAACAGCUCCAGUGUGCAGUGCCAGAACACUUCGUAUUCCUAUGAAGGGAUGGAGAUCAACAACCUGCCUGUGGAGCUGACAGUGGUGUGGAAUGGGCACUUUAACAUCGACAACCCUGCUCAGAAUAAAGUUUACCUCUACAAGUGUGGGGCCAUGCGUGAGAGCUGUGGGCUGUGUCUCAAAGCUGACCCAGACUUCGAGUGUGGCUGGUGCCAGAACCCAGGCCAGUGUACCCUUCGCCAGCACUGUCCUGCUCAUGAGAGCCGGUGGCUGGAGUUGUCGGGUGCCAACAGCAAGUGCACAAAUCCCCGAAUCACAGAGAUAAUUCCAGUCACAGGCCCCCGGGAAGGGGGCACCAAGGUGACCAUCCGGGGAGAGAACCUGGGACUAGAGUUCCGGGACAUUGCUUCCCACGUCAAGGUGGCUGGUGUGGAGUGCAGCCCUUUGGUAGAUGGCUAUAUCCCUGCAGAACAGAUCGUGUGUGAAAUGGGGGAGGCCAAGCCCAGCCAGCAUGCAGGUUUUGUGGAGAUCUGUGUGGCUGUGUGUCGGCCUGAGUUCAUGGCUCGCUCCUCGCAGCUCUACUACUUCAUGACCCUGACGCUCUUAGAUCUGAAGCCCAGCCGGGGGCCCAUGUCUGGGGGCACCCAAGUGACCAUCACAGGCACCAACCUGAAUGCAGGCAGCGACGUGGUGGUGAUGUUCGGGAAGCAGCCCUGCCUCUUCCACAGGCGCUCGCCAUCCUUCAUUGUCUGCAACACCACGUCCUCGGAUGAGGUUCUGGAGAUGAAGGUGACAGUGCAGGUGGACAGGGCCAAGAUCCGCCAGGACCUGGUCUUCCAGUAUGUGGAGGACCCCACCAUUGUGCGCAUUGAGCCGGAGUGGAGUAUCGUCAGUGGAAACACACCCAUCGCUGUCUGGGGCACUCAUCUGGACCUCAUUCAGAACCCCCAGAUCCGUGCCAAGCAUGGAGGGAAGGAGCACAUCAAUAUCUGUGAGGUUCUGAAUGCUACUGAGAUGACCUGCCAGGCUCCAGCCUUGGCCCUGGAUCCUGAACACCAGUCAGACCUCACUGAGAGGCCUGAGGAGUUUGGCUUCAUCCUGGACAAUGUUCAAUCCUUGCUCAUCCUCAACAAGACCAACUUCACCUACUAUCCCAACCCUGUGUUUGAAGCCUUUGGACCCUCAGGAAUCCUGGAGCUGAAGCCUGGCACCCCCAUCAUCCUGAAGGGUAAGAACCUGAUCCCACCUGUGGCUGGGGGCAACGUGAAGCUCAACUACACUGUGCUGGUCGGGGAGAAGCCGUGCACUGUGACAGUGUCGGAUGUGCAGCUGCUCUGCGAGUCCCCCAACCUCAUCGGCAGGCACAAAGUGAUGGCCCGUGUGGGCGGCAUGGAGUACUCCCCGGGGAUGGUGUACAUCGCCCCGGACAGCCCUCUCAGCCUGCCGGCCAUCAUCAGCAUUGCCGUGGCUGGUGGCCUCCUCAUCAUCUUCAUCGUGGCUGUGCUCAUCGCCUACAAACGCAAGUCUCGCGAGAGUGAUCUCACGCUGAAGCGGCUGCAGAUGCAGAUGGACAACCUGGAGUCCCGCGUGGCCCUGGAGUGCAAGGAAGCUUUUGCCGAGCUGCAGACAGACAUCCAUGAGCUGACCAGUGACUUGGACGGAGCCGGGAUCCCCUUCCUGGACUACAGGACCUACACCAUGCGGGUGCUGUUCCCAGGCAUUGAGGACCACCCUGUGCUCCGGGACCUUGAGGUUCCAGGGUACCGGCAGGAGCGCGUGGAGAAAGGCCUGAAGCUCUUCGCCCAGCUCAUCAAUAACAAGGUGUUCCUACUCUCCUUCAUCCGCACACUUGAGUCCCAGCGCAGCUUCUCCAUGCGGGACCGAGGCAAUGUGGCCUCGCUCAUCAUGACAGUGCUGCAGAGCAAGCUGGAGUAUGCCACCGACGUGCUGAAGCAGCUGCUGGCUGACCUCAUUGACAAGAACCUGGAGAGCAAGAACCACCCGAAGCUACUGCUCAGGAGGACUGAGUCAGUGGCUGAGAAGAUGCUGACCAACUGGUUCACGUUCCUCCUCUACAAGUUCCUCAAGGAGUGUGCUGGGGAGCCCCUCUUCUCCCUGUUCUGUGCCAUCAAGCAGCAGAUGGAGAAGGGACCCAUUGACGCCAUCACGGGUGAGGCCCGCUAUUCCCUGAGUGAAGACAAGCUCAUCCGGCAACAGAUUGAGUACAAGACCCUGGUCCUGAGCUGUGUCAGCCCAGACAGUGCCAACAGCUCCGAGGUCCCCGUGAAGAUCCUCAACUGUGACACCAUCACUCAGGUCAAGGAGAAGAUUCUAGAUGCCAUCUUCAAGAAUGUGCCCUGCUCCCACCGGCCCAAGGCUGCAGACAUGGACCUUGAGUGGCGACAAGGAAGUGGGGCAAGGAUGAUCCUUCAAGAUGAAGACAUCACCACCAAAAUUGAAAAUGACUGGAAGAGGCUAAACACCCUGGCCCAUUACCAGGUACCAGAUGGCUCUGUGGUGGCCUUAGUGUCCAAGCAGGUGACAGCCUAUAAUGCAGUGAACAACUCCACAGUCUCCAGAACCUCAGCAAGUAAAUAUGAAAACAUGAUCCGGUACACAGGCAGCCCAGACAGCCUCCGCUCGCGAACUCCCAUGAUCACUCCUGACCUGGAGAGUGGAGUGAAGAUGUGGCACCUGGUGAAGAACCACGAGCAUGGGGACCAGAAAGAGGGUGACCGGGGGAGCAAGAUGGUGUCUGAGAUCUAUCUGACUCGGCUCCUAGCCACUAAGGGCACACUGCAGAAGUUUGUCGAUGACCUCUUUGAGACCAUCUUCAGUACCGCCCACCGUGGCUCGGCCCUGCCAUUGGCCAUCAAGUACAUGUUUGACUUCCUGGACGAGCAGGCUGACAAGCACGGCAUUCAUGAUCCCCACGUCCGCCACACUUGGAAGAGCAACUGCCUGCCCUUGCGGUUUUGGGUCAACAUGAUCAAGAACCCACAGUUUGUGUUUGACAUCCACAAGAACAGCAUCACAGAUGCCUGCCUCUCUGUCGUGGCUCAGACCUUCAUGGACUCCUGCUCCACCUCGGAGCACCGGUUGGGCAAGGAUUCUCCCUCUAACAAGCUGCUGUAUGCCAAGGACAUCCCCAGCUAUAAGAGCUGGGUGGAGAGGUAUUACUCUGACAUUGGGAAGAUGCCCGCCAUCAGUGACCAAGACAUGAAUGCGUACCUGGCUGAGCAGUCCCGGAUGCACAUGAAUGAGUUCAACACUAUGAGUGCGCUCUCAGAGAUCUUCUCCUAUGUAGGCAAAUACAGCGAGGAGAUUCUUGGACCCCUGGACCACGAUGAUCAGUGUGGGAAGCAGAAAUUGGCCUACAAACUAGAACAAGUCAUAACCCUCAUGAGCUUAGACAGCUGAGAACCAUCCUUCCAGGGCCACCCUGGAGGGGGACACACCAAGCCGUGCCUCAGUCUAGAUUAUCAUCUUUACCAAGUGCAAGUUUCGACUGGCAUCAGCAGCAUCCCCUGAGCAGUGCUGUCUCUCCCCCCCCCCAUUUCUCUGCUUCUUUCUGUCUCUCCCUCCUUCCUGGUCCUCUUCUCUUUCAGUUUCUCUGCCAAUAUGAUUGGACCAAGCCACCAAUUGUCAGAUACUGCUUGGUGGCCACGAGGCCCACAGCGAGGGAUCUGACCAGAAGAUGUCAGAGUGGGGCCCUUUCCCAGCUGCUUCUGACCCCACACACCAGCAGCAGGUCCUGAAUGUGGAUGAGGAGCUGUGGACAGAGAACAUUUUUUAAUGCUGCUACUUCGCCUUUUUCUUGGAGAAUGGUCCAAAUUUUGGCUUAGGGAAGAGACAGUGAGUUCAGUAUUAUCUUCACUGGGAAGAUGUGGCCUGACUCUCCCUUCCCAUGCAUCCAUCUCCAAGGAGCCAGUCAGUGGUCUGGGUGCUUUGCAAAUGGUGAGAACAGAGAGCUCACCUUCCACGUACAGCUGGAGUGGGAACUGUAUGAGGAGUUGGGAGGUGCUCCUCGGGCGGGCUCCUACCUGCUGGGCUGGUGCUCAGAGGUCUCCUGUCCCCUCGGAGUCUCCGUGGAGCCCUUCCAAGCAUCCAUACAGACCUUCCUGCCCAGCCUCUUCCCCUGCCUGUGGAAAAGCAGAUAGAAGAAAACAUAGCAGUUACAUUCCACCAUGGCGAUGCCCCUAACCUUCUAAUCUAGCUCAUAGCAGCAGAAAUGUAACGUGGAGGGGGAGAAAAUGUAAGAGGGCUGCAUCUGCCCUAGAAGAAGCGUUUGUUGUUUUCCGUUCACCACCGAAUUCAAGUGCAUCUCCACCAGUAGUCAUAGGUCGAGUCCAUUGCCAGAGCCCCAGCGCUGUCUAGAGGUGUCUCCAUCUCCGUGUCACCAUUCAUCAAACGUCAGCGUGAAAUGCAGAGUGUAUCCGGGAGAUUCUACCUCCAGCCAUCUCCAAGGCUCCAUCCCCUACAUCCUUGAGAACUUCCUAGAAGGCUGGGGCAGACAGCCUUGUCCUUGUCCCCCACCCCUGCAGAAUCUGGUGCCAUUGCUAUGCAGAUGACUUUGUCACUGGGCUGUCCAGACCUCCUUGCAAACUAUCUCAUCAUCACCUCGGCUGCAUUUCUAGUCGUUCUUCUUCAUCAUCACUACAGCAUCAUUAGAAGAAACAUACACAAGCACAGACAUACCAGGGCAAACCAAAUGCCAGCCAGCCGCAGCCCCCAGUUUGUCAUGGCUGGGAAGGACUAGAGAGAUGAGCUGAGGGACUGGCUGGAAAGGAAGGGAGGGACACACAGUUGACUGUGGCCCUGGCCUCCAUCUGUCCAUCUGUCCUUCUGUCUGUGGGUAUGCCAUCUCAGCCAGUCAGGCAAAUGUGUGCUCUGAAAUGGGUCCCAGCUGCGCAGGGGCUGUGGUGAGAUGUGGUCUAGUGGUAGGUCCCAGGAGCCUGUAUCUGGAAGGGCCCUCCAACACUCUGUGGUCUAGUCUCCAUCAUAAGUAGGAAUCUCUUCUGACAGCUCUGGCCUUGAGGUGUCCUCUACUUCGGGAGGCCAGGAGAAGGCAGAGUCAAUAAUGAUCCAGCAGUUUUGCCUUCACUCUCUGAGCAUCAGACAUCAUUCCACUCCAAAUGAGUCCUGUGUGAGAAAGGAGCCACACAAUUCCAGCAGAGUCCACAUGGUACCCUGCACUUUCAAGAACACUAGGCCCUUUGGAUAUGAAUAAGUGUGUGUGUGUGUGUGUGUGUGUGUGUGUGUGUGUGUAAGCAUGCAUGUAUAAGCAUGUGUGUAUAUGUGUGUCUGCCCCAGGAGUAGGCAGAGAGCUCCAAAAGAUUUUUUGUCCAAUGUAGAAGGAUGCAGAAGAGUUUCUCUUCUCUGUCCCCUGCCUCAUCGAUUCAUCCUGCAGCUUCAGGACAUUUCAACACUUCCAUUCUAUGCUGAGUGCUGGAGACCAAGUCAUCUGUCCAUAGAAAAGCAGGGCACUCACCUGCUGAGGCUGGGACUUCGGUGACCCAGAGCAGAGCAGCAUGGGGCAUUGCAGAGGACAAAUGGAAAAGACACAGCAACCUAAUAGGCAGGAAAAGGACAAUGAGAAAAAAUUCAUUUACAAGGAGAAAACAAAUGUAACCAAAGGUUUUGAUAAAUAAGGCACCAGGUGGAAAAGCAUGGGAUUGCUAUCACUGAUUAAAUUAUUUUCUCCCAAAAAGCCACAGAAAGUGGAGGCCAGAAAGGGUGUAUAUGGGAAGCAGGCUGAGGAAGCACCUCAGCCACUGAAAUAUUUUUGCACACGUGAUAGUGUGGGGAGGAGAGAGACACAAACCUAUUUAACAGAUUUGCCGGAAGGAAGCUCUGUGCGAGUGUGUAUAUGAGUGAGUGUGUUUUGAUUUACUUUUUAAGUUUUGCACAUUUAGGGGGAAAAAUGAAGCAGGAAAAAAGACUGUUAUCAUGGUUUUGCUGAAGCUUUUAUUUUUUACCAGAUAAUUAUUAUUAUUGUUAUUACAUUGUCGGUACAGGACUUUUCCCAUGUUUUGUUACAAAAAAAAAAAAAAAUAGUUCAGACAUUGCAGACAAAGACAAAUAUCAGGAAGAAAGAGGAAAGAAAGAUAGAUACGUUUCCUGUCUUUCCUCAUUUCUACUGGGUGAGGGUUUGGAGCACAUUUCACUGGCAGUGUAGGUUGUUCCUGGCGCUUGGCCCGCAGUCUCUACGGCCUGGAUGGGAACUGAGAAACUCGUCACCCAGAGCUGCAGCCCAUCUUGCCCGUAAGCAUCCUUAUUUACUUUUACUGUUUCUUCCCCUAUUUCUUUCAUUUGAUUUGGUGCAAGUGUGAUGCAUUUAAAAGCGAAGUGUAACCCCAACGUUCUCCUGCCCCCACCCCCAAAUCUUCUCUCUUAACUCUUUUGGUGAUUCUCCAGCUCCUCUUAGCAUAUCAGCAACCCAGGGAGCUCUCAGGGUAGCCCCUGGGGUUCCACAGGAAAGGAGUGAACUCCGUCCUGGGAACAGAGAAACCCUCAAACCUUCCUCUGCAUUGGGGUCAAUUUUCAGGGUCUCAGCUCUGUUACAGGUGGCAACUUUAUCUCACUGCUUGAGUCUGGGCAGUAGGCAGGGGAGAAAAGAUGACCUCCCUCACCUCUCCCUUUACCUCACCCCUGCACCCUCCUCCCCUUGAGACCACAGGGUCUAAAUGGUACCGGAUCACACUGUCAAAAACAACUGAGCUAAGUUAGGUGAAGACUUUGAAUGUAGGAGUCUGAUGGAUUGAUUUGUGGUAGUGGCAGGGAGCUAGGAAGACUGAUGGAUU